AUGGGCAAGAAGCGCGUACUUGUAUCGUACGGUGUCGACAUCGACGCCGUUGCUGGCUGGCUCGGUAGCUAUGGCGGCGAGGACUCAACGAGCGACAUCUCUCGUGGUCUUUUCGCUGGCACUCUCGGCACCCGCCGUCUCCUCAAACUGUUCGAGAAGUACAACAUCAAAGCCACGUGGUUCAUCCCAGGCCACUCACUCGAGACUUUUCCCGAGGAAUGCGCCAUGGUGCGCGACGCAGGUCAUGAAAUUGGUCUUCACGGCUACAGCCACGAAAAUCCUGUCGAUAUGACCUUUGAGCAGCAGAAAGAUGUGCUGGAUAAGACGUACCGCAUGAUCACAGAGUUCUGCGGCAAGCCCCCUAGAGGUUCAGUUGCACCUUGGUGGGAGGUGUCGCCAGAGUCGACGGAGCUCAUGCUGAGCUAUGGUAUUGAGUACGACCACUCCAUGUCUCAUCACGACGCGCAGAUGUACUGGUUGCGAUCCGGGGACGAAUGGACCAAGAUCGACUAUAGCAAGAAAGCAGAGGAAUGGAUGAAGCCACUAGUCAAGGGAAAAGAGACGGGCCUGGUUGAGAUCCCAGGUUCAUGGUACAUCGACGACCUACCACCCAUGAUGUUCAUCAAGAACUCGGCCAACUCACACGGCUGGGUCAACCCCAGAGACGUGGAACAGAUCUGGACGGACCACUUCGACUAUUUCUACAGAGAGUACGAUGAGUUCAUCUUUCCCAUGACAAUUCACCCGGAUGUCAGCGGGAGGCCACAUGUCCUACUUAUGCACGAGAGGAUCAUAGAGUACAUCAACAAGCACGAGGGCAUCGAAUGGGUCACGAUGGAGCAGAUGUGUGAUGAUUUCAAGUCAAAGAACAAGGCGCCAGAGGGUGCCAUGAUGCCAGCGCCAGCUGGCCAGAUGCUCAAGAACUAG